UCGCUCCGCAGUUCAAGUGUUUCGGUUAUAGCCGCUGUUCCACACGAUUUCGGGCCAGUUUGUUGGCGGAUUGUGCGAGAAGAGCAUCUCUUCAGGUCGAGUAUGGCUUAUCAGUCGAUUAUUGUGGCAUGUAUUUUGCUGUUGAGCCACACUUAUGCCAAUCCCAUUGAACCGAAGGCCAGCGUAGCCACAGAGCUCAUUAUACUGCACAAUAAUGACAUGCACGCAAGAUUUGAGCAGACGAACAAGAACGGAGGCACGUGCACUCAGGAGGAUGCCAAUACGGAUAAGUGUUACGGCGGAUUUGCACGUGUUGCCAGCGAAGUUCGCAAAUAUCGAGACGAGGCUAAGAAGGGCGGCACACCUGUAUUGUAUUUAAAUGCAGGUGACACCUACACCGGCACAGCCUGGUUCUCAGUCUUUAAGGACAAUAUUACCAGCGCCUUUCUAAACAUGCUACAGCCGGAUGCCAUUUCGCUGGGAAAUCAUGAGUUUGAUAAGAACGUAAAAGGUCUGAUACCGUUCCUCAAUGCUGUGCAAUUUCCCGUCUUGGCUUGCAAUUUGGACUUGUCGAAGGAGCCCGAUUUGGCGGCCACUAAGAAACUGGCCAAUUCCACGAUACUGGAGAGCAACGGAGUUAAGAUUGGUGUUAUUGGCUAUCUGACUCCAGAUACCAAGAACCUUUCAUACCAAAACAAUGUGGAAUAUGCAGAGGAGAUCGUAUCAAUCAAUGCUGAAGCAGAGAAGCUAAAGGCUGAAGGCAUUAAGAUUAUCAUUGCUUUGGGUCACUCUGGUUACCAGAAGGAUCAGGAGAUUGCCAAAGAGUGCCCCGACGUUGAUAUAGUCAUUGGUGGUCAUUCGCACACCUUUUUGGAUGCUAAUCAACCUGUUGCUGACAAGGACGACACCAAUGCUGAAGCUGUUCGAGGACCCUAUCCCACCACAGUGGUUCAGAAAAGCGGCAAAAAGGUGCCUGUGGUUCAGGCUUUUGCUUACACGAAAUACUUGGGAAAGAUCCAUGUGCAGUUCGAUGCCGAGGGAAAUUUAAUUGAGUUCGACGGAUCGCCAAUUCUGUUGAAUGCAUCAGUUACGCAGGAUCCAGAACUGUUAGAAUUGCUUGAAGUCUAUCGUCCAAAUAUCACACGAUUGGAAAAUAAAAUUGUGGGCUACACCAAAGUCAACCUUGAGGGCGGAAAUGUAUGCCGCCUAAGGGAGUGUAAUCUAGGCAAUCUGAUUGCAGACUCCAUGGUUCAUGCUCGAGUGCUAGAGUACAAGGGCGAUGACUACUGGACUGAUGCGCCGAUAGCUCUGCUCCAAGGAGGCGGAAUUCGCGCUUCGAUUGAGAAAAAUUCAAUUGGUUCGAUUACUGGCAGCGACAUCCUGACAACGCUUCCCUUCGAGAACGCACUCUAUUUGACGCGUAUUACUGGCAAAACAUUGCACACAGCCCUAGAGCGAUCGGCGCAUUUGCGAAACCUGGACUCGAACGGAGGCUUUCUUCAGUUUGCUGGCUUACGAGUGCAGUACAACUACGAUAAUGAGGAUGGGCAUCGUGUGGUCUCCGCCUUAGUGCGUUGCGCCCAGUGCAAUGUGCCUAGCUACAGUAAUCUGAAUAUAUCUGCCCACUAUAAUAUCAUCGUAUCGGAGUUUUUACUGAACGGCGGCGAUGGCUAUGUUCUCACUGAAGAAAAUGAACCCUAUAAUGAGCUGUUGCAGAAAAACGAUCAAUUUGCAUUUGGUGAUUACUUGGAGGCGCGUCAUUAUGUUUAUCCCGAAAACGAGGGACGCAUUGUUAUCAUUGGACCCAAGGAUGCUGCUGGUAGCAUCAUUGGCUCGGUGACCUUGAUACUAUUGUCUUCCUUGAUCACACGAUUCUUUAACUAGUUUGUAACUGACUGUAAAUAUAUCUGAAAAGAAGCACUGUCCCACUUGUUAAACUACAUAAGUUUGAAUUUAUUAGAUGAUGAAUGUACAAUAAAUAUCUUAAUGCCUUCAUAGAUCUCUA